UUUAAAUAUUCCUACGAAUUACUCUUAAAUAAUUAUUCAAGAUUAUAAAUUUCCUAGAAAUGUGUAGCAACUUUAUGAGUAAUAUAUGCAAUUUGAUGUUUUAGGAUUCAUCAGCUUAGAUUGCGGAGCUGAAGCAGGUGUGAACUAUACUGAGCCAUCACUAGGCAUAACUUAUGUUUCGGAUGCAAAUUUCAUAAACACUGGUGUGAGUGGGAAAAUAGCAUCUAAUGCGACCAGCACAUACAUUGAACGACCACUGCUGAGGCUGAGAAGCUUUCCGGAAGGGAAAAGGAACUGCUACAAAAUAAAAGUCACAGGAGGCAACAAGUAUCUCAUACGCACAGUUUUUCUGUAUGGAAAUUAUGAUGGCCUAAAUAUCUCACCACAGUUUGAUCUUCUUCUGGGUCCUAACCACUUGGAUACAGUCAUUAUAGACAAUGCAUCCAGUAACAAAAUCAAGGAGAUCAUACAUAUACCUUCACUGGAUUUUGUACAAAUCUGUCUGGUUAACACAGGCCAUGGCACACCAUUUAUAACAACUAUAGAAUUCAGGACUUUGAAAAAUGAUACAUACGUGACUACAUCGGGAUCACUGGAAACUUACUUGCGCUGCGAUUUGGGUUCAGACAUAAUGUACAGGUACCCGGUUGAUGCUUAUGAUCGCUACUGGUUCACCUGUAUGGGCGAGAAUUGGAAACAACUAAAUGCUUCGAUUCCUGAUGAUUCUUUCAAUAAGAGCGAUCUUUACCAACCGGGAUCUAUUAUCAUGAGCACCGCAGUUGCGUCAGGAGAUGAUAGUACUCCAUUGCUAAUAAGCUGGUAUUCAGAACAUGAAACUGACCAAUUCUAUGUGUACAUGCACUUUACGGAAAUUCAAGUGUUACCCACCAAUCAGACAAGACAAUUCAACAUCACUAGGAACGGUGAAUUAAGGGUUCCGAAUUUUUCUCCGCGGUACCUUGCCGUCGACACUUUAUAUACCUCGUCAGCCAUCAGUGGGAAACAGAUUAAAUAUUCCCUGGAGAGGACUGAAAAUUCAACCCUGCCUCCCAUCGUCAGUGCCAUUGAACUUUACAGAGUAAUAGAUUUACAGAAACCACAAACAUUCCAAGGAGAUGUUGAAGCUAUUGCAAGCAUCAAGUCAGUUUAUGGAGUGAAAAGGGAUUGGGAAGGUGAUCCAUGCGCCCCAGUAGACUACUUGUGGGAUGGUCUCAUCUGUACUUAUGACAACGACUUCCCGAGAAUCACAGCUUUGAAUCUAUCUUCGAGUGGAUUGUCAGGAAAGAUACACCCUUCAAUCUCAAACCUCACCAUGUUGGAGAAGUUGGAUUUAUCUAACAAUUGCUUAAAUGGUGAAGUUCCUGAUUUCCUGUCUCAGUUACAACACUUGAAGAUCUUAAACUUAGAGAAGAAUAACCUCUCCAGUUCAAUUCCAUCUGCACUUCUUCAAAAAUCACGCGAAGGUUCUCUCUCACUGAGUGUGGGUCAAAAUCCAUAUCCAUGUGAAUCUGGCCAAUUCAACGAGAAGAAAAAGAAAAACACUCUUAUACCCAUAGUAGCCUCGACUAGUGGGGCUUUAAUCAUUCUAAUAGCAGUUGGAAUAUUGUGGAUCCUUAAAAGGAAAAAAUCAAAAGUUGAAAAAUUUACAGAUGCGGUGGCAGUAAAUCAUCAGAGUGAGAAUUCACAGCAAUCCACAGAAAUGGAUGGUUUGUUCCUGCAACGAAAAAGUCAAAUGUAUUCAUACUAUGAUGUCCUUCAAAUCACUAACAAUUUCAAUAGAAUUAUUGGUAAAGGAGGAUUUGGAACAGUUUACCUUGGCUUUAUCGAUGACACUCCAGUUGCGGUGAAAAUGCUUUCCCCAUCAGCAGUUCUUGGUUAUCAACAAUUUCAAACAGAGGUUAAACUUCUAAUCAGAGUUCAUCACAAAAAUUUGACAUCCCUAAUUGGUUACUGUAACGAAGGAACCAAUAAGGGCCUCAUAUAUGAGUACAUGGCUAAAGGGAACUUACGAGAACAUCUCUCAGGUAAACACAACGAAUCACCAUUAUUGAGGUGGAAGGACAGACUUCGUGUAGCAGUGGAUGCAGCCUUAGGAUUGGAAUAUCUGCAAAAUGGUUGCAAGCCUCCUAUAAUCCACAGAGAUGUAAAAUCUACGAAUAUCUUGUUGGAUGAACAUUUCCAAGCAAAGUUAUCUGAUUUCGGUCUAUCCAAAGUUGUCCCGGAUGAUGGGAGAUCUCAUGUGUCAACUGUUAUUGCUGGUACUCUUGGUUAUCUGGACCCUCACUACCACUCUUCCAAUAGAUUAACGCAGAAAAGUGAUGUUUAUAGCUUUGGAGUUGUUCUUUUGGAAAUAAUCACGAAUCAAGCAGUAAUGGCAGGGAAUGAAGAAACGGGUCACAUAAGUGAACGAGUUAACUCCAUGAUAUCAAGAGGGGAUAUCAGGGCCAUAGUUGAUCCAAGCUUAGAAGGAAAUUUUGACAUAAACUCAGCAUGGAAAGCCGUAGAAAUAGCAAUGGCUUGUGUUUCUCCAAAUCCUAAUGAAAGGCCAACGAUGAGUGUGGUAGUGAUUGAACUACAGGAGGCUUUAGCGACGGAAUUAGGUAGAACAAACCAUGAUAGUGGUGCUGAUUCCAUGUAUUCAGUUGCAUCGCUCAGUGUGGAGGUAGACACAGAAUUCAUGCCCUUGGCCAGGUGAAAGUUUACUAAAAUAACAAUAGAAAACGUUGUAAGAAGGGAAAGUGAUGUUGUACAAGAAGUUGGUUA